GGACGAUUGUUCUUUCCGGUUGUAGAUUGCACGAGACACAAUGGGUAAACCAAGAGGUCUUCGUACAGCGCGUAAGCACGUGAAUCAUAGACGCGAGCAGCGAUGGAACGAUAAGGACUACAAAAAGGCACAUUUGGGAACUAGAUGGAAGGCUAAUCCUUUCGGUGGUGCCUCUCAUGCUAAAGGCAUUGUAUUGGAAAAAGUAGGAGUAGAAGCAAAACAGCCAAACUCUGCCAUUCGUAAAUGCGUCAGGGUACAACUGAUCAAGAAUGGAAAGAAGAUUACAGCCUUUGUACCACGAGACGGUUGCCUUAAUAACAUCGAGGAGAACGAUGAAGUUCUAGUGGCAGGUUUUGGUCGUAAAGGCCAUGCCGUCGGUGAUAUUCCUGGAGUACGAUUUAAGGUGGUGAAAGUUGCAAACGUUUCUUUACUUGCUCUAUACAAAGAAAAGAAGGAACGACCUAGAUCUUAAAAUAUCAACCAGAAAUGUGUAUUUGACAAAUAUACAAUACAUAAGUUAAAAACUUAUAA